AUGUGUAUGUUAUUUUUUAGGUGAAUGGCAUAUCGUUUCACCCUCAGUUUGGUACAUUAGCGACCGUUGGAUCGGAUGGGAAGUUCAGUUUUUGGGAUAAAGAUGCACGUACGAAAUUGAAGGUAUAAACUAUAAAGGCAAUUUUCUUGGGGAGUAAACUUCUAUAGAAUUCCAUCCUACUCAGAAAAAGUCAGCACCAACUAUAGUGGAUAUCUAACCAUUAUUAUUAAGCUACAAUGUGCUUACCCUACUUUAAUAUUUUGCCAGACGACUUUACUCGACAAGGGGACAGUUUUGUGUCAACCAAACUAUCUGACAAUGUGUCUUGUUAAUCCAUACAUUGCACCCAAAUGCACCCUACUGUACAUUGUUAUUUCGCUCUGUCCAACAACACCUGAUGAUUUUACUCGUCGAGGCCGAGAGUCUUGCAUAUUAAUAUGCAUGAAUAAUUUGCGAUGAGCCUGCAUGGAUGAUGGAUCCGUUUCGUUUUUCUUAUUUAAACCAUCCAGUGCCAGCACUUUCAUUUUGACAAGAAAACUCGUCCGGCGUUAAACAGAGUAAAACGCUAUACGUCAUUUACUUGAUUAUGUUAUUUCUAGACGUCAGAUCCUGCUGCAAGUCUUCCUAUAUCUACAUGUAGUUUUGAUUCAACUGGAAAUAUUUUCGCAUACUCCGUUUGCUACGACUGGUCAAAGGUAUGGUGCAUAAAGCAAUUAGUUUUACAGAGUUUCACCUUUGUUUGUCAGAUGGUAAAUCGUGCAGCAUGCAAAACACUAUAGUAUGAUUUCUAGGUCGUGGUUAGCCCACUUUGCCUAGGACAUACAUGGUGAUGGAUGAUAAAUAAAAAGCAUUUGUUUGGUUUUUCGGACUGUGUAAGAUGACUUCACCUUAAAAAUAAUAGAACUGUGACUUUCCGAGUGUAGCCUUGAAUAGAAUUACGUGAAUGCUUGUGGAAGAUUUGCCGACAGAGCAAAAUUUGACCAAGAUUAUUGUAUUUCAUGAUAAUGAGGUUUCGACAGGAGCACGUAUAUGGGCUGCUCUCUUGCAAUUCAGCAGUUAGUUACAAUAAUGGAUGAUUGACACACUCCCUUAUACUUUACCCUUAAUGCCUUACGAUCCUACGCUGAUUUUCCAGAAUGUUUAACGUGUUCCCUAUUUUUUUCAAGGGGCACGAAUAUUUCAAUCCGUCCGUGAAACCGAUGAUUCUACUCCGCAGUUGUAUGGACGAAUUAAGACCACGAGGAAAGAAAUAGGACAUUGUCCACUCAAACAGGGACGUUUCCUAUCGUAGCAGCUCACAUCUUGCUGAAAGGAUAGAGGAACCAUUGAUCAACUCGUGCAUGUUUACGGCAGCUCGUACAUGCCCAGAUACCACUGUUACAAAAGCAUAUAAUAGAACAAAUGUGACACUAUAAUAGUUUUGUUUGUGGAAACACCACGUAAAUUUAUUACUGCAUAGCUUUCGAUCCGUAAGCCCCGAUCUUCAUAAGGGGCCGGUUGUUCAAAGGUGGGUUAGCGCUAACCAUGGGUUAAAAUUUAACCUGCUGUUUUAGUUUAUGUAUUUCUGCACGUCUGUUUAUUUCAAAGCUUCAGAGAAGUAAACUCCUAUUGUCUUAUUGAUCCUCACAAGAUCUCUGAAGAAAUAUUUCCAAAUUCAUAGACAAGCUGUCAGGAAGUUUGCAUGCUUUGAAUUUUAGGUUAACCUAGGGUUAAGAUAACCCAGCUUUGAACGACCGGGCGCAGUGCUAAUAAUAUGCCUAUCAUAUUAUUAGCACGGAUGAAGAUCAGGGCUUACGGAUCGAAAGCUAUGCAGUAAUAAAUUUACGUGGUGUUUCCACAAACAAAAGUAUUAUAUGUUUUAUCGCCAUGCAUGCAAACCUACAAAGAACUUAAAUGUGACACUGCUACAUAUUGCACGAAUACUUUUUACAUAAAUAAUGUAAAUGGCGAUUUAAAAAAGAGCAGAUUACCAGACGACUGUUUUGUAUUCUUUCAUGAAUCGUGUAAUGUAUGGAUUCUAGUACAAUUUGGAAAAACAUCCACUUGUGAGUUUUUCAAAGAGACAGAGAGUUCAAUUUGCACGUGAGGCUAUUUUGCUCGUCUUUGAAAAACUCACUCGUUGUAGUAGAUGGGUUUCCGAGUGUGUAUUUAGACCUAACCAGUUGCAAAAAAUACAACUAUAGCCCCUCUCGCAGGAAUCGAACUUGUGACACAGAUUAGACAUUAAGACUAAACAAUAAAGUUGUAAAGUAAUUGUAAACAAUAAAGUUUUAUUUUUAAGCACUUGUGGUCGUUGUUAAUUCCGAGAAAUCAAUUAAGAUUAGAUAUUAGAAGUUGUAUUUCUAUCUGUGCCUGCGAUUCCGGUACAGCGGUCUAACCUCAGACGGCUGACGUCAUGAAAUGUGACAUCUUUACAUGCAUUUAUCUGAGUACAUACGCCAACAUAGAAUCGCAUACUAGUCGUCACGUGUAUAGAUGGGCUUAUAAACUUUUAUUUCUCUGAAAUAGGUUGAACAAACAUCAGUUUUUUGGAUAACAUGAUUGAACAUUUUCUGCUUGUGAUAUCUGAUUUUUGACGCAAUAAAUUUCAGUUAAAUGACGACAUAAAUGCUUGCUGACGUGAUAUUUAAUUAACGCGCGCAAGAAUCACGAUCACUGAUCAAAUUGUGAAACGUCAAAAAAUCAACAGGUUUUUGCAAAAACAUGUCCGUUUCUUACGCGCCUACCAAGAUAAAGGUUCCAGAUGGUUUUGGAACGUUAAUGGAAGAUUUGACAAAACAAAUCUUGGCUGAACAGCCCGAAGACCUGAUUGGUUUUGCUGCUACAUAUUUGAGAGGAAAACUACAUUAUAUGAAAGGUAGAUGAUAUACUUUGUUAAUUUUUUCGUGUUUCAAACACACGCCUAUUGCUAUCUGAAACAAUACGAGAAAAUUUAAUAAGAGAAAAUGUUUUUAUACGUAGCCGUAUGACUCGGCAAAUUCAUGCAAUCAAAUAAGGCAAACGGCGCCCUUGGCCGUACUGCCAACGAUAAAAUACAACCAUCCAUUGCAUAGUAGUACAUGUAAUUUAUUAUAGCUUAUUUAUUUAGCUUAUCUAGCCGGGCUGUCGUUUGAGCUUAAUUAGGGCGACUACAUUCGUGUCAUACCCAUUGAACUAUAAAUAAACUGGAAGGCUAACUGCUAUGAUGAAGGCCUAUGAUUUGAUGAAGCCAAAAUAGUUUUUCUGAGUUAUGAGCAGAAAUACUUGACCCCAAACGUCGGGCAAUAUAUCAAAUUGAAGCUAUUGAAAAUUGCUAUUCGGUGUGGAAAUUUCAAGACUUCAGCGAAAAGAAAACUAUUAAAAAAAAUACAAAAACAACUGCAAAACGGCAAAUUAUCGGUAAUUAUGUUUGUAGUUUUUCAACAUUUCCCUUUUAGCUAAAGUCUAGAAUUUUUUAUACCAAAUAGCGUUUUUCAAUAGCUUCAAUUUGAUAUAUGGCCCAACGUUCAGUGUUGAGUAUUUCUGCUCAUAACUCAGAAAAACUAAAAUGCACUGGCUUCAAUUUCCCCCCCUGAGUUAGCCUUCCAGUUUAUUUAUAGUUCACUGGUCAUACCUAGCUAGCGUAGACCCUAGGCCUUCUAAUUUUAAUCAAUUUCCGCGCUUUUUCACAUGAGAAGACUGGGAGCCAGGCUAUUGCCCAAAAUUAACCAACCUUGCGAAACCCAGCCGAGUAAAGGUUCUAGGUCUAGGCUGUGCCUGUGUCGUACCUUUGCAUAAUAUUGUUUGUCAAUAUUGAUUCAGUUGGCUUGGAUACUAUAGAACUUUAUGCCGGGUGUAUAAACAAUGAACUAUAUGAUUGAAUCAAUAAUUUUGACAAUGUCUGGGAAAUGUGUCAGAAGUUUGUCAGUUGGUAAUUUUGACGUUUGCCAACAACACCCAUGCCUUCACAUACACUUACAUCUUUAUAAUUAUAUAGUUUUUGUGACCCCCACUUCUAUACUUAAAAUAUUUUGGUAAACCCCCCCCCCCAAAUAACUGGUCCCUUAGAUACUUGUAGACACUUUGGCGUUGAUUAAUUUGUUAUAGAACUUAUAGUUUUUCCUUUGGGGGCUUUGGUGUUUCUCUGAGUGUCAAUACAGAUCCGAGUUACAAUUUAAAACCAAAUCACAAAGUCCUCGACUAAUACUUUUCUGUACACCAAUUUCUUCUUUCUUCAAAACCUUAUUAAUUCUUCGCAGAUAGGAAUUAUGUUGCGCUUUUCUUUCACACAAAAACGACGGUGGUCGAUUUGAUAAAGUAAUGUAUUCACUCCCUGCAUGAAUAGUUGUUGUGGCAUGAAUACUUGUUGCGGCAUGACUCUUUGUUGUGUUAUGACUCUUUGUUGUGGAACUUGUGGCAGGAAUCUCGACGGCACGAAAAUGGAGACAACACCAUAUGCAUUAGGAUUGCAUUCAAACAACCUUAGAGCACUAUCGGUCGCCUUCGUGACUGGCCAUGGCGGAACUGUAUCACUUGCAUACAGGAUGAAAUUGACCUCGUCCUUGUAAGAGACAGUUUCACCUUGACGUAUCCCAACAACCUGGGCCGGUGCCGCAACCCCCAAACUCCUCAGCGUCGUCUCGAAAGCCCAGUUUCCGUACACACUCUGAAGUAGCGGUGGAUUACCCAUUAGUAGUUGAGACUUUGGGGCAAACCAUACUCCUUCGAUACUAUUUUUGUUAGAACUUGGUAUGAACAUUUGAUUUGCAACUAUUGAGUCUUUUUGUUCGGUAUGGGUCACGUGUACGAUUGGGGUGUCCAGAUCAAUAUGAAUGACCUCAAUAUCAAUAUUGUCGAUACUGACCGGCACAGGCUGUCGUGACAUGGUUUGUAUUGCUUGGGUUUGUAUUGCUCGAGUUUGCUUGUGUUUAUCUACAAGAUACAUAUAAUGGCUCAUUAACCUUUUUUUUCCGUAAUCAUCGAUAAACAAGGGAACUUGGAGGGUUUCGAAGAUGGUGAGACUUCUAAGAAAUGUUUUUGCUCUUCCAUAUGCUCCUCCAUAUGCCUGAUCUAGGGGUGACUCGCAUCGCCAUUUACGUAGAAACUCGCGUAUACCUUCACGCACAUUGAAUUCGUAGAUGAACUGACCGCUAUGGACAUUUUCUUCAAUGCGGAAAAGACCUUCAAGCGCGAGUACAGCGGCCGCCGCUGAGUUUGCGUUGUUCAAAGCUGGUAGUAGAGCAUUCAUCAUUGUUUCAAAACCAUGUCCGGACGUGAAAGCGCUUAGCAGGUCAACUGGAUCCAUCAAGACACUAUUUUAUAAUCGACAAACUAGUCUUUUUGUUGGCCUGGCUAAUCUUCACAGUCCUUCGCGUACAGGACUAACAUUGAACCAGAAUUUGAUUACAAAGCAAUCAUAUGACUUGAGGAUUAAGAUAUUCUAGAACUUGACCAUAUAUAGUCCCCAUGAUAUUGUUAACUUCCUGUUUUAUUGAAUGGCCUGUCAAUGAUUAAUGCAUUUGCAUUGUAGUGCAUGUACUUUAUUUUGGCACUUCUUGCGCUCAUCUGCUCUCGUUUAAGCUCAAUUAAUUGGCAGCUUACAUUUUGCAAUCUUAAUUGAAUUCGGGCGACUAGUAUAUACUCGUGUGUCGUACCUUUCUUAAUAUUGUUUAUCAAUAUUGAUUCAUGUGAUGUUACUCUGAGUGUAUAUCCACACCGGGUAAGCUUGAAAAAUAUGCCUGACCACGGUGAGAAUCGAACCUACAACCUUUGGAAUACUAGCCCAAUGCUCUGCCAACUGAGCUACGCGGUCAGAUCGGUUCGAGUAUGUGAUAUUUCGGAACAGAAUCUAGUUCCUUCGAUAUCAAUGUAAUCUAAUAAUCAAUGUAAUCUAAUAAUCAUUAUUACUGAUUAUUAGAUUACAUUGAUAUCGAAGGAACUAGAUUCUGUUCCGAACUAUCACAUACUCGGACCACCGAUCUGACCGCGUAGCUCAGUUGGCAGAGCAUUGGGCUAGUAUUCCAAAAGUCGUAGGUUCGAUUCCCACCGUGGUCAGGAAUAUUUUUCAAGCUUGCCCGGUGUGGAUAUAUACUCAGAGUAACAUCACAAGCAUCAUAUUCACCCGGUACAUUACACCAACAAAGAAAAAAUAUUGAUUCAGUUGGCUUGGGCACUACAGAAUUUUAUGCCGGGUAAAUAAACAAUGAACUAUGAUUUGGACAAUGUCUGGGAUUUGCUGCAAACUGAAUUGGUAAGUUGGUUGUCAACAUAAAUUCAUAAUUUGUAACUUGUGAACUUGGCGCACCCAACGUCUCAACCAACUUGUUAAUUUUGCCGAGCCAAAUUAGAAACAAACUUCCGCUCGUGCAAUGUGGUACGCCUAAACCUCAUAUGGAAAUGCUCAAUAAUUUUUAAUAGCAAGCCUAGCUUCCCUUCUAUACCUGCUGUUUAUUUUGUCACCUCACCAUUUUGGCGACUCACCCCUAGAUCAGGCAUAUGGAGGAACAUACCAAUGGGUAACCAUAUUUGUUGGAAGUUUAAGCAUCUUCAAAACCCUAAAAGUUCGCUUGUUUAUCGAUGAUCACGGAAAAGAGUUUGAUGAGCGAUUAUGAAAAUCUUGAGGACAUCGAUAUUGACCUGAACACACCAAUCGUACACGUGACCCACUCCGAAGAAAAAGACCAAAUCGUUGAAAAUCAAGUAUUCUUACCAAGUGCUAACAAAAAUAUUAUUGGAGGAAUAUGGUUUUCACUGGGUUAUCAGCCACGCAGUGUUUACGGCAGCUGGGCUUUCGAGAAGACGCUGGCGAGUUUGGGUGUUGAGUUGGGAUACGUCAAGGUCUUUUACAAAGAGGUCAACUUCAUCCUGUAUGCAAGUGAUACAGUAUCACCAAAUCCCGUCGGGAAGGCGACCGAUAACGCUGUACGGGCGUUUCACAACGAUCAACAGGCAUAUAGAGCUGUCUCCAGAUUCGUGCCGUCGAGAUUCUUGCCACAAGGUGCAGCGUUUGGACACGCGUUUGAUGGACCUUAUAAAGUUUCGCACCAACCUUUUUGUGUCAAAGUGAUAGCGCAUUGCAAAUAUCUUAUGGGUUGAUUCUUUACAAAAAUAGUUUCAUUCAUAGUGCAGUGCAGUUAAAAGAAAUAUAACAUACUUAUUACAUAUCAUCUCGAACGGUCCGGUACCAGUGUAGAAACGAUAACAGACAGCUCGGCGAUGUGAUAGCCAACUACUGAAAAUAUAACUUUGACGUAUAUAUAAUGUACCUGAUAUAUACAAUGUAAUGUAAUGUCUAAUGAAAUAUAAUGUGCCCGAAAAUAUAACUAUAAUAUAAAAAUACAACGUUUUGGCAGGUAAUAAUUUCCAAUACUAAGCGUCAGGUGGUUGUAUAUCCUUCUCACAUCACACAUGGCUCUCAGGCGCAUCAGACUGGGUACGAUGUUGAUAACUGGUCACAUGGCACGACGAAUAAAGGACCCACUUUUCCACAUUUAAAAAAUAGUCAAUAUAGCCAUCAGUUCAUCGAUAUCGAUACAGUAGUGGAAGCUAUAUAUGCACGUUUUUACGUAAAAGACGAUGCGAGUAACCCCUAGGUGAGGCAUAUGAAGAGCCAAGAGUGAUUACACUCCUUAGCAGAAAUCUCACAUUCAUGGCUUGGCUUGGCUUCGCGAACGAAGAUCCUUUGAGCCUGCCGAGUUGGACUUUAAGGUGGGAGGCAGCAUUGCGCAGUACUGGUCCCACCUUUUACAUCCAAGAUUCAUCUGCAUGCCAUAUAGCCUAGCGAGCUUGGACGGUGACCAGCUAAAUCCUCGGGUCCUAUAGAUUUUACAUCAGACUGUCCUUGUCCUAGCUCUAGUUCUACGACCUCCCUCGAAGGCACGAGACAUGGGCUAGGUUCGGCUCUUAAGCCCGUUCUCCACUAGGCGAAUUUUUUCGCGCGACGCGAAGCGAAAACAAAUCUUGGCAAUGUGAUUGGUCAGCGAAGAAAUUCGCCGCGAAAAAUUUGGAUCAUUUCCUACUGUUUUGCUGUUCGCGCGAACAAAUUCGCCUAGUGGAGAACGGGCUUUAGUCUGGCCUCUACCCAUCAACUUGUCAAGCUUGGGUGGCCCUACCAGGACUUGUCCUAUGACGUGUAUACAACUUCCAAAAUUUCGACUAAAUUUCGUGGGCCGGACCGGCCGGUUGUAUGUAAGGUAGAUAGCACUAUAGUGCCAGUUGAAGUACGAAGGAGGGCUCAGAUGUUAUCACUUGAGAACCUCCCCCCCUCCCUCCUCGGGUUAUUGGCCAACCUACUUCUUCAAAAGUACCCUGGGACCGAGGUUGGUUAUUGGCUAGGCUUGUCUGUAUCGAUGACUGGCGAAGCUUAAGCUAUUGAAGUUUUACCAACAUCAAUAAAUCGUUUAAACAAAUGAUGCACAUAUUUUACGGCGUUCGUGCAUGUAAUGCAUUCAUAUGAAACUGUAUGUGUAGUCAAUAUAUUAUCUGCCAUGGCAAUGGAAAAUUCCCAUUCGAAUUGUUGAUCUAUAAAUCAAUGUCAAACGAUUUACGUAAGUUAACACCAUGUUUAUCCGACAUGUCGCUUGGCAACGGGUAAACAACGUUAGCGAAUCAAAUGCCUGCAAUUAAAACCUUCAACCGUGCCGCAUUUAUAAUCAGAAUGUCGCGAAGUCGGACGAGCAAACAUUAAAGAUCAAAGGGGCAAUCUCAGUGUACUUUGUAAAGUCGGGGACGAAAAGAUUAUCGAUUUAUAAGAUCUAGAGGAAUACUAAUCGACGAAGAAGGUUUAGAAGUCAUGGGCUGUGGGAAUAGUAAGUCUGCCACCACAGUCGUAUCGACGGCGCCGCAAGUGAAGCCUGGCCCUGCCAACGAGGGGAAUAACAACCAAGAUGAAAAUCAACCGGGUAAAAUCUCGCCACAAAACAAUGCCACUGAAACUCCGAAUACUGAAGGUAUAUAUAUAUAUAUAAACUCGUAGCCAAGUCAUAGCCGCGGGAUUCGGCUUCAAUUGAGACACACAAAUAGCCAACAGUAGUUGGUUACUAUGACUAUACGUUGACUAAUACUAUAUACAAUAGUCUUCCGUCCUGUCCAUGGCAAAAAUUUCGUCCAAGAGUAUAUAGCCUAAGAAUGGGUCCAUAUAUAAACUCCUAUCUAUAAGUUAUAGGAAUCCGGGAGAUUCUGCUCUUACUGAAUAACACAAAAGGCCAGGGGCAAUUAGGUAAUAUUAAACGCUUAUAGUUAUAUACAAUUGUCUGGAUCGUAUAUAUACUAGCUAUAUAGCCAAAUUUUCUGAAUUGCCAAAGCCAAAAUUUCGCCUAUUACGGACUAAGCUAAGCGGUAGAGAUCCUUAAUAUUUAAGUAUAUAUAUAUUGACAAUAAUUAUAUCUGAAACUCUACAGCAACUGUAUUAUCUAAACAACGGUUGAACCUGUACAGAGGCAAAGCUUAAUAUUAUAUCCAAAUCCAAGUUAGGAUCGAUCUAUCACACUGAAACGCGCAUCUGCAUAUAUUGGUGUACUAGCAGCUAAAAAUGGAGUAUAGUGCCCCUUUUUUUGGCUAUACCAAGUUUCUUAUCCUAACUUUAAAAUGACUACAAUCGUUCUCGUGUGUUUGAAUCUUUCAAAGGCUAAGGUAUAAGGGUCUCAUGAGCACAUCUGGUAUAGUGGUAUAUAUGUAUAAUAAAUAUGAUCGAAUUACCGCAAAUAUUAAACGCACUGUCACCUUAACGACGAUUAAAUUCUCUCUAAUGUCCGAUUUUGGGAUUUUUGUGCUGCCAUUCAUAGCCCGUGUGCCAUUUCUAAUUUGGAGUUUUAUUUUGAUUUCGCGUGUUCGUUUGUUACGAUUUGAAAUUUAACAUCUUUAAUAUUAAUCUCAGACUUAGUGCCGUUUAGUCAAGGGCCAAUGACGCAAGGGAGAUUCAACGCGGAUACAACGCAUCGAGUUACACGAUGGAAUAAUAUUAUACCCACAAUGGAUAUAAUAUCCACAAUGGAAAAAAAUAUUGAUGUACGAUUAAAAAUGUCGUAUACUGUAUUCCGCGAAGUGUUGGAGAAACAUUGUUCUCGAGAUCAUAAUUUCCAGACAGCGCGCAAGCAGAAAACUCUGCCCCCCAUGCAGUUGGGUUUCGAACCCCGCGACCUUCGAAUUAGUGAAUUACUAGAUCGAUACUCUACCAACUGAGCUGCACAGUCAGGACGGAUCGAAGACUGGAAAUUAUGAACUAUAUACUGAAUGUCAUAAACAUACUCGUUUGUAUUAAUUCAGCAUCGAAUAAUACUAGUUCUGCAAGUGUUAUAUUAUGUUGAUAUAAUUCCAUUUCUUCCAUUUCAACUCCUUUCAUAAAUUAGAAAUCAGUCGAUUUUAAAUAUAGCAGUUUUGAGAUGUUUAAGUAUAAUUUACACAUUUUCUGUGUUGAAAAGCAAUGCAAUAGAAGUGUAAAGAAUAAAACAAAAUUUGAAAGGUUGCUAUUGAAACAUAUACUUUCAUGUGACGUGUUAAUUUAAUCGCAAUAAAAGGACCAUGAAAAUGAGUCCCAUAUAGCCAUAUGGCAUAGCAACUUUAACAUAUAAUUAUAGACCCAUUAUAAACCUUGCAUAUAACAGUAAUAAAAAAUUAACAUAUUGGAACCCCUGUUUUGACACACUGUCUCUGCUGUGCUUAUAAUUUCAAAUAAUUUGUAAUAUAAUUUCAUUUACAAUGUGCACUUGCAUGGCAAGAUACCUAUUAAUAUAACAUUGCACUUAAAUAUAAUAUCCUAAAGUCUAAACAUGUGUAAAAAUGUUCCGGUUGAAUUAUAGAUCAACUAAAAAAAUAAAUAUUUUCCGUCCGGAUAUCAUGAAAAAAAGCAGGAAAACGGGUCUUUUUUUCUUUUCUUUUUACAGUAAAAGUUUCAGCCGAAAAUUUUUUAAAGUUUUAAAUUAAAUUCGAGACCGGAGUUUUGAAUUUUAUAUAUCGUACGACAUAACAAAAAUGCUCUUAAUAUAAAUGAACUAGUAUAAAUGAACUGUAUUAAAUAGUUUUACUAUGAUUUUGUUUGUCGUUCUGAUCGACAAGCAAAUAAAAACUAUCGACUGAGUAUCGUAAAAAUGCAAAAAUUCAUCAAUUAGGAUGGCGGCAUGAAUACUCAUCAAGAACGCUGGAAACUUCUGCCUGCAAAGUGAGCACACGUUCGCUAUAAUUAACUGUAAUUCAAGUGGUUAAAAUAAAUAGCUUGUCAUUUGGAAUGGAAAACAAGAAAAGAGAAAUGGGGGCGGCAAAAAUAUAAAGGAUGAGGACGGGGACGCGAAACACUUGUUGUUUUUUUUUAACUUUGUUUAAAUGAAAGAGACCAAAGUUUGUUAUUGGUUCUACUGAGUAGGGAAUAUAAUAGAGGUUCGUUUCAUGUCAUGGACGAGCAGCUGUCAGCAAUUUUACAGAUGUAAGGCCAAUUUCCACGCUAGUCGUAUUUGUGGUCAUUCUGACGUAUGAAAAUAACUGCUGACGCCACUAUUCCUGUUCAGCAGUUUAUGACGAAAUUUGAAAAUGUGACAUCUUUACACGCAUUCGAGUACAUACGUCAGGAUAAAAAUUGUAUAUGACAAGUGGUAUCAUAAUAUAGUCGUAUCAUCGCGUACAUAAUUUAACCGUUAAUUAUGGCGUCAGCAUGUUCGUGUUUGAUAUCAAGAACGGUAGUCAAUGCAGUUUUACGUUCGUGAUUUCAAACUUUGAGAGAGAAUUUAUAUCUAGUCCGAAUUUAUAGCGGCUAGACCAACCUCGUUCCCAGACUUUUUCCUUGGACGAGUUUCCCGUCUAUUAUAAAUUCUAGGGGAAAAUAUGUCUUCUGCCAUUCUAUAUAUAGCUGCAUAACAAAUGACCCUCAAAUUAGUCUGCAAAAUUUCGAAAAAGGCAAUGCCUCUAUCUGGUUGCUAUAAGAACAACUAGAUGAUUGUUUUGACAUUGUUUCAUAAAGGAAAAUUAAUAAAACAAACUUGAGUACAAGGACAGCGGACGGAAAAGUCAACACGUUCAGACAUAAAAUUAUUAUUCUUUAAUGGGACAAACAUUAGACAAAUCAUGUGGGACUAACCUCCAUGACAACGUUGUAAUAUUGACAAUUUGUGUAAUAAUAAGAGACACAUCGUGCAUACAGCCACUCAAUCGCACGAACAAACUCGAAAUAUUUAAAUUCCGACAAAUUAUUCAUUUUUUAAUUAAAAAAAUGAACAUUGUGGACAAGACUAGGGAGAAUUUUUCAUCUGUUGUAGUAUGAAACGACGAUCACAUGUAAUAGUAAUGUCUCGUAUCGCUUGGUUACUAGGCUCGAUCCAGCCGGUGGGUACGGCUGGAUCGAGCCUACUUGGUUACAUGCAGUAUUAAAGUUUUAAUAAACUAUAUAGUUUGCACAAAGUGUGUUAUCAUGUAAACGUAUUUCAAAGGCGUCAAAUUAUUUAAACAUACACACGUCAAAGAAUGAUUACGCAACCUUGAUCAAAGAAACCGUUUUUGGUAUACGAAAGCACCGAAGCGGACUGAAGAUUGUAACGUUCAACACCUACAAAGCCUGGUCAAACAUUUGUCUUAAAGGGUCAUCAUCUAUACCUAUACUAUCCAGGCUCGCAGUUGGUUGAUUAUAACAAUGAGAGACAAUAAAACUAUAGAAGUCGUCUUUCUAAAAAAACGAGUCACGAACAAUGAUCGUUUUUAUUUCUGAAAGCCAAUCACAAAACAUGAGCAUUUUACGUAGGUCUUUACCCCGUCUUAAAACACUUUCACUGAAAUUCUUAUUUCUCAUUUUCUAGAUUCAGCAGGCAAACCAGCUGACGAGCGGGAAGGACCCAUUGGAGAAGAAGCAGUAGAGAAAUACUCUGACCCUGAGAAGAACGAAGGAGCGGAAACUAGCGAAGGAAAGCCAAACGAAACAACCGCUGUUGAAACAUUUGACAAUACCGCUAAUGAACAAACCACUUCGGAAAAUGUCCAGGGAACGUCGGAGGUAGAUGGAAAACCAUCGGAAGAGGACGGAAAGCCGUCAGAAGACAUAAAACCUUCGGAAGAGGACGGUAAACCUUCUGAAGAGGAUACUAAACCUUCGGAAGAGACUACAAAACCAUCGGAAGAGGAGGUCAAACCUUCGGAAGACGAUGGUAAGCCUUCGGAAGACGGAAAACCUUCGGAAAAUGCAUCCGAACCUGCACAAGAUGAAGUAAAACCGGCUGAGGAGAAUUCCGCUGACAACAAUGAAAACAGUAAAGAGACUGCGAAAGAGGAAAGCCAGGUUGAAGAACAACCGAAGCCUGACGAAGACUCGGCGAAAGAUACCGAAGAAAAUGCCGAAGCUGGUAAUACGGAACCAGAACAAACGAAGGAGGAUGAGAUUAAACCAGAAGGACAAACAGAGACAGAAACAAAACCAGAGGAACAGACAAAGGAAGCCGAGGAAGGGACUGGAGAACAGGCGGCGACUGAGCCCGCAAAUGAACAGAAUGCAAGCUCUGAGCCUGCUGAUAACGAACCAGCGGCAGAAGAGGGAUCAGCGUAGUAGAGAUAUACGACGUUGUGAAACCACCGUUCAACUGAAUGAUGCUAGCCAUUAUUUGUAAAUAUGUAGCUUAGUUAACAUGUAUAAGCAUUUGCAGAAAACGAAUAUUCACUUUGAUUUUGUACAUUAUAACAUAUUGUAUCAAUGUGUGAUUUAAUUACGACACAACAAUGUUUAUUUUCACAUUAAACAUCACUACAAUUCAAAAGAAAUUCCAAUUAUACUUAAAUUCCAAUUGUACGUUAUGAUGGGCAUUUUAUUAUACGAUUCUCGCGUGGUUCAUCACUUGCAACUAUACGUAUUACCCCCAGUAUAUCCAUAAUUGUUCCCGUUUACUUGUAUAUACUCUAAAACACGAAUAUAAUACUAUGACUUCCCAGGGACUUCCUGAGCUCUUUGCACGGGUGCACGAACGAG